UCCAGUUUGAAGUCUGAAGGACCGUUUUAUCUCCAGACUUCCAUCUGUGGUUCCGAAAACCCAAAGUUCCAUCGUAGUUCAGAAGUUAGCAGAACCUCAUGACUGAUGGCUAAACACGGUCCAGCUCUGAGAUCCGGAUCCUGAACUGGUCUUUGAUCAAAGUUCUUCUGAACCCGAAUCCCAUUUUCUAAAUGAACCCAGAACCUUCAGGAACAUCCCACAGAAGUUCUGCAUCGUGGGCCUUCAUGACGACGAUCCUGAAGGUUUUUCAUGUCACAACUUUGGACCGGAUCGGUUCCGGUCUGAUCCGGUCCAGAGCUUAGUGGUUCCUGGCCUGGACAUCACAGAGUACAGGUGGACUUCAUGACUCCUCCCCGUCCUGUCCUCGAGCCCCCCCCCCCCCCCGAUCACUCCGCCCGCGCGCGCUCCUAUUGGCUGGGGGGAGUGUUCACGUGAACCCCGCGUGGGGUUUGCAGAGCUCGGGGAGAGGGGCGCGCGGGCAGCUCCGGGUGUUUCGGGCCGCGAGCCGCUCAGGACCCUCACGGACCCGCAGAGGAUCCUCCGGACCUGCAGCAGAUCCCUGUGCCUGCCCCCCCCCCCGUCCAACAUGCCGAUCGACGUGACUGUACCGCUCUACCUCUCCAAGGAGGACUUCAGCUUCAUCGCUGCUCCCAACAGCUCCAUGACGCCUCAGAGCUCCUGUCCGAACCUCCGGCGCCCGGACCGAGCCGAGCAGACGGGACCUGAGGCCGGCUGGACCGGCGCCAAGGCCAAGAAGCGGGUGACGUUUGCGGACCACAGAGGCCUGACUCUGACCAGCGUGAAGGUGUUCUCCGAGUUCACGGACCCCAUCCAGAUCCCCGUCAACAUCCAGGAGAUGCUGAGGUGUGCGCCCCCGCCGUCCCCCGAGGAGAACCGGCUGGUGCUGGACUUCACGCAGCCGUCCUCAGAUUACCUGCUGUUCCGCCAGAACCUGGAGACCAACCAGGUGAGCCUGGAGCACUGCGUCCUGAAGGAGAAGGCCUUCGCCGGGACCAUCAAGGUCAAGAACGUGUCGUACGAGAAGUCGGUGACGCUGCGGGUGACCUUUGACUCGUGGAAGAGCCACCUGGACGUUCCGUGCCGGUACGUGAAGGACGCCUACCCCAGCCCCCACAGCGACACCUUCUCCUACCAGGUGGCCCUCCCCGCGGAGCUGCCGCCGCACGAGCACGUGGAGUUUGCCGUCUGCUAUGAGGUGGGCGGAGCUCAGCACUGGGACAGCAACCAGGGCAGGAACUACUGCAUCGUCCGGUCACACAUGAAGAGGGGCCGCCGCGCAGACCCCCACAUGGAGAUGCACUUGGACCGCUACGGCAGUCCCACCUGCUCGCACGGCCUCUUCCCUGAUUGGCCGAGCUAUGCCGGCUUCGAGAACGUGGGCCCGUACUAUUGAUCUCUGGGUCAAGCCCCGCCCACUCUGCAGUAACAGCUGUUAGUCUGGUGUUUAGGGGCGGAGCCUGAAGUUCAUAAUUCAAGAACAGAAACCAGUUCUGACGGUCCAGAACUAAGGACAUCAUUCGAGGGGAGGGGGCAUGAAAUUCAAGUAAAGCAGGCCCCCCCCACAGUUGAAAAUUGCACAUGAAGGUCGUCUCUUUAGGGGGGUGGGGGGGGUGGGGGGGGGGUGAAUCACAUGAGCUUCAAUUCAGCAGAAACUUGGGGGGGGGGGGCAGUAAAACCUCCGGGGGUGAUGUGUGAACAAUCAAUGGGGGGGUCAAUUUUGCACAGCAGAACUUUGGGUGGGGGGUGGGGGACUCCGUGUUUGUGUGUCUGAGGAGGGUUGAAUAAAGUUCUGCCUCGUUUCCAUGACGACCUGCUGUCGCCGCCGCUGUGAACAAUAAAACCUUUAUUUUAAGCCAA